UCAGGCGGGAGGGGGCCAGAGGGGAGAUGUCGCAACUCUCUCCCUCCCUCUUUCCCCGCCUUGGCAUUCAGUCACCUCCCAGAUGAGCCCGCUCGCAGAAGGCUGCGGGCCGCGGGGUGCCCGGCAUGUCCCCUGAGUGCGCGCAGGCGGCGGGCACUGCGCCCGUGCGCAGUCUGGAGCGGGCCAACCGCACCCGUUUCCCGUUCUUCUCCGAUGUCAAGGGCGACCACCGGCUAGUGCUGAACGCCGUGGAGACCGUGGUGCUGGCACUCAUCUUUGUGGUGUCGCUGCUGGGCAACGUGAGCGCCUUGGUGCCGGUAGCGCGCCGACGGCGCCGCGGCACCACCGCCAGCCUGGUGCUCAAUCUUUUCUGCGCGGACCUGCUCUUCACCAGCUCCAUCCCGCUCGUGCUGGUGGUGCGCUGGACGGAGGCCUGGCUCCUGGGCCCGGCUGCCUGCCACCUGCUCUUUUACAUGAUGACCCUGAGCGGCAGCGUCACCAUCUUCACGCUGGCGGCAGUCAGCUUGGAGCGCGUGGUGUGCAUCCUGCGCGUGCAGCGCGGCGCGCGGGGCCCGGGGUGGCGGGCGCGGGCCGCGCUGCUUGCUUUGAUCUGGGGCUACUCGGCGAUCGCGGCGCUGCCCCUCUGCAUCUUCUUCCGCGUCCUCCCGCAGCGGUUACCCGGCGCUGACCAGGAAAUUCCGAUUUGCACACUGGUUUGGCCCAGUAUUGGCGGAGAAAUCACCUGGGAUGUGUCAUUUGCUAUUUUCAACUUCUUGGUACCAGGACUGCUUAUUGUGAUCAGUUACUCCAAAAUUUUACAGAUCACGAAGGCAUCCAGGAAGAGGCUAACGAUGAGCCUGGCUUACUCAGAGAGCCACCAGCUGCGCGUGUCCCAGCAGGACGUCCGGCUCUUCCGCACCCUCUUCCUGCUCAUGAUAUCCUUCUUCAUCAUGUGGAGCCCUAUCAUCAUCACCAUCCUCCUCAUCCUGAUCCAGAACUUCAAGCAGAACCUGGUCAUCUGGCCGUCCCUCUUCUUCUGGGUGAUGGCCUUCACCUUUGCCAACGCGGCCGUCAACCCCAUUCUCUACAACAUGUCCCUGUUUAGGAACGAGUGGAGGAGGUUUUUCCACUGCUGCUUCUUGUCGGAAAAGGGAGCCAUGUUGACAGACACGUCUGUCAGGAGAAAUGAUCUGUCUGUUAUUUCCAGCUAGUUCAUUUUUCUCUACAGGCAUCUAUGUGAUCCCCCUCUGGCCAGCCAUGGUGUGUUUUCAAACGGAGAUCGUUUCCAUGACCCUCGGCACCAGGGUACCUGCUCUCAGAAAAUGUAACCUAUGCCCAUUUUCAGCACUGAUAAAUUAAGAGGUGAUCAUUCAGUAUAACAGUUUUAUCCUGUAUAGAAGGAUUUGCUGUGGGUUCCUUUUCAAUGUGAACUUCGGUGUGGAAUAUAAUUAAUUGUACUAAUUUUUGUUUGUGACUAUUCAGCAAUCUCAUCUCCUAUAUGUAAAGCCGCGCUAUGCAGAUUUCUGAAGUGAGGCUUGGAUUCAUGACUCAGUCUUCUCCUCCAAAGAGUCACAGCCACCCUUGCUCCCCACCCUGGACUUGCAAGGCUGCAGGGUCAUUCAUCAGUGUGAAGAGUGCUUGAGGAAUUUCCAAGGAACAAGAAUUUAAUUUCCGAGGACUUAAAGGUGACUUUGUUCAUCACUGAUAAUAGGAGAAGCUUUGUCAUAAAGUCACAGAGGAGGUCGGAUGACCUCAAACAUUCGAAAGUCAGAGCAGGAGUGACUCCCUUCCUUGAUCCACCUGUCAGAUGCCUCUUAAGCACGUGCUGAGGCUUAAGCCUGACCAAUGACGUGGUCAGUGUUCUUGGUGGUGGGAAUACAGCAGUGAACCAGACAUCCAUGGACCGUGUCCUCAAGGAGCUCACUUACCUUCCAGACGGGGCAGAGAAACACCAAACAUGUCAAUAGAUCUUAUAGUGUUUCAGAGUGAAUUAACAUUGUGAAGAAAAUGGGACAGUGAUGACAAUUUAGAUGGAGUGUUGAAGGGCCUGGGAAGACCUUUCUGAGGGUUGAUAUUUGACCCAAAAGGGCAAACCACAAGAAGGAACCAGUCAUGUGAGUCCGGGGAAUGAGGCUUUGCAGAUGGAGCAGACCCUGGUGCUGGUGCAAAGAGGCUUGUGUGCUUGUGGGACAGAAAGACCGGCGUGAACAAAGCGAACUAUUGGCUGAGCCUCCUCUAGGCCAGGCCCUGUCCUUGAAACCAGAACAGAGGGAUGCUCUGCUGGAGGCCAUCAAUGGAGAUGAGAGGGGUUACAGAGCUGGCUUAUACCGGGCUAGGGAGGUUACUAUCGGAAUUUGUUCUGUGUUCAGUGGGCAGCCACUAGAGAUUUGCAUUUGGAUGCGGAUAUGACCUGCUAUUUGUUUUUAAAUAUUACUGUGGUUGCCCUGUUCAGGAACUGCUUUGUGGAGCAAGAAUGAAAAUGGACACCAGUUAGGCAGCUGCCAAAGUAAAGAAGGAAGAUGGGGAAGUUGGAGGCGGAUGACAUCGCUGUUGUUUAGUCAUGUUCAACUCUGCACGACCCCAUGGACUACAGCAUACCAGGCUACCCUGUCCCUCACCAUCUUCCAGACAUCAGUGGGGGAUUGUGAGAAAUGAUCUUGGGCAUACUUUGGGAAGGCAGAGCAAACAUGAUUUAUUGAUUGACAAGAUACAGAAUGUGAGGGAAAGAGAGGAUUCAACAGAGACUCCUGACAGCCAUAGGAUGGAGGGCAGGCAGCAAAAAUGGAGAAGGCUAGGAGGAUGAGAGGUAGAAGAACCAAGAGUUUCAUUUGGGGCAUCUGCAUGUGAAACCCCAGUGAGAACCAAAUGGAGAGCCGGUAGGUGGAUGCAGGGCUGUGGGAUACAGGCCUGAAGAGCAGUGUUGGGAGUCAUCAGACAGUGUUUGCAGAUCUAUGGUUUUAUGAAAUAAAGAGAGAAGAAACCAGAGCCAGAGAGAACCCAGGGACACGCCAGCACCUGGAAGCUGGGAGAAUGGCUGGAACAGUAGCUCAGGGCCUGGUGCAUAGUACAAGCGCAACCAAUCUUUGCACCGAGGAAGCUGGAGCCAGUAGCUGUCUCUGUUGGUGGAAUUUCUUGAGCAGCUCACUUUCGAAGUAAGAUUUAUCACAGGCUUGAGGACAAGAGGACAGGGAUCCUUUGUUCAUCUUUAGUUAAUAAAUUUGGUCAAUUAAAGUUGC